AUGCCAGUUACCAGAAGCGCAAAAUCGUACCCCGUGAAUACCCAAGAAUCCUCGUCCACUGCUCCAACCUGUUCGACGGGCACCGACACGAUCACGGGGACCGAAAAGACUGCUACGACUUCAGAACACACGCGCUCCACGUACGCCACACGUACAACCGGUGCAACUGUGGAAACCGACGCAACGAUCAGACAAAUCGACGCCGCGCCGACUGCCACCUCGCCAGUCUCCCAACUAGUAGAGAGACCCGAAGCCGGCGCCACUACAAGUGAAGCACCACGGAGAAUAUACUCUCCUAAAUCUGUUCGAUCUUUUCGAUCCGGUUCUUCGAACAGUCGUCGUAGGCAGCUAGCGGAAGCGCAACAAGAAUUAUUGAAGCUGAAAAUCGAUUUAUUAUCUGCAAAGAUCGCGGCAAUGCAAGAGGAAUCGGACGAAGACGAACCGGAGGAAGCCACGAUCCGCGAAGAACGCACAUCGGAGUGGAUUCGCACAAGCACUAUUGGGUUGAGAAGAGAAGAGCAGGAAGACUACACUGCCGCCACACGUACGAAGGAAGAUAUAUUGAAGGGAAGACCUGCCGAAUCACAGGCGCCGCCGCCGACGCGCGACGUCAUUCGACAGGAAAAAAUCUCCACGUACGCGGCACCUGCGACAGCUGGGACCGGCGACUGGCUGCCGUUCAAGACAGCCUAUGAAGAAUCUGCAGGACUGCUUACAGAACAAGAGAACCUGGCGAGGCUCCGGAGGAGCUUGAAAGGCACCGCUAGGGAAGCAGCUCAAUGUUUAUUCAUCGGAGCCACGUCCUCCAACGAAGUAAUGAGCUUACUGACGUCAAGGUUCGGUCGUUCGGACGCGCUCGCACUGGCCGAACUGAACAUCUGCAACUUCGCAUCGAAGAUCAUCAACGUCACGGCCACAUUGAAGGCGCUAAACAGACCGCAUUAUCUACACAACGCCGAGACAGUGCGCGCCGUGGUUGAGAAGCUGCCUUCAGCAUUGCGCUAUCGAUACUAUGACUUUGCUGCGGAACAGCCAGAAUACCAACCUGACCUAGUAACCCUGACCGAGUUCAUGCAACGCACAGCUGCACGUUGUGGGAGCUACGCGCCCGUCGAGAACACACCUGUGGAAGACCGGCGGGAGCCAGCAGGCAGGAGACCCAUAAAGAGCUACCACACUCAAAUAGCGAAGCCAGCCGCGCACGAACAAGUUACUACGUGUCCUAUUUGCGACAAGACCGGUCAUCAUGCGGCGCAAUGCGACGAAAUGAAGACAGCAGAUGUAGCCGCCAGGUGGGACAUAGCACGCAAACACGGGCUAUGUUUCCGCUGUUUACGGACACGCAAAUUUCGCCAUACGUGUAAGAACAAGAGGUGCGGCAUCGACGGUUGCGAGUACAUGCAUCAUUCACUGCUGCAUGGCACUCCACCCUCAUCAAAGGAGAAGAAAGAAGCUCCUGUAUCAUUUGUUGUGGCAUCAGCAAAAGACAGAAGCAACAUCACCGCGCUACUGAAGGUACUCCCUGUGCAAGUGAGGGGCCCCAAGGGUACGUGCAACGCACUCGCACUACUGGACGACGGGUCAACGUGCAGCCUGAUUGAGGCGGCGCUAGCAAGAAGGAUCGGCGCAGCGGGUACACCAGCACCCUUUUACAUUGAGGGUGUAGCCGGCACACGAAUCAACGUCUGCGAAUCGCAACAAGUACGCAUUUCUCUGCGCGGGCGCGACACGAAUGAGCAUACAAUAACGGCCCGCACCAUGAACAACUUGAAGCUAUCGCCGCAAGCAGUCCCACGUAACGUCAUACGAGCUUGCCCCCACCUGCACGACUUAGAAGAGCAUCUCAUCUACGAAGAGGGAUCACCUACGAUACUGCUGGGUCAAGACAACUGGCAUCUUUUACUCACACAUGCCGUGCGACAAGGGGACCGACACCAACCGAUCGCAACACUCACCGAUCUAGGUUGGGUUCUACACGGCACUAAGAGAUCGAAUGAAAGAGUCAACACCCACAAAGUACUCCACGCUGUCGCCCCUGAUGAUGAAGAGUCCAUGGAGCAGAUGAUGAGGGAACACUUCAGCCUCGAGUCAUUGGCUGUCAUACCGAGACGCAGCCACAACGACGACGAGCGACGAGCACUGCAACAACUAGAAGAUAAAACCCGUCGUUUACCGGCGGGAGGCUUUGAAACCGGUCUUCUAUGGCGUAACGAGCACGUUCGUCCACCUGACAGCUACGACGUGGCGUUAAGAAGAUUGGAACUAGUUGAAAAGAAACUCGACCGCGACGAGGAACUGAAAAAGAGAUGGAUACCCACCAAAAUGAACGUCGCAGACGACGCCACCCGCGACGUGCCACACGACUUCGACUCUAAUCAUCGAUGGUACAGGGGGCCGGACUUUCUAUAUAUGUCGGAAGAAAAUUGGCCUCAAGAGGAAGUCACGGACGUCAACGUCACGGAUGAAGAACGGGUCCACCUCACCACAGGCGUCGGCGCGCGACUGAAGGAAGCUCUACCCGAAGUAACUCGUUUCUCAAGUUGGAUACGCCUCAUGCGGACCACAGCGCGCGUACUACAGUUCAUAGACAGGCUGCGGACGCGCACACAACGAUGCGCCGCUUUAAGGAAGAGAACGAGGAAAAAUGCCGACGCCGACCCUACUUGGCGAAAAAAUGAUACAGAAAGCAAGAAGACGAAUACUUCCGAAGCUGCGCGUGGAAAGCAAGUUUUACACAAAUUUAAAACGAUCGACGCAUCAUAUCUACGCCACGCCGAGUCGCUGUGGAUACGAGCACAACAGGAAGAGGCGUUCACCGAGGAAAAUGAGGGGGACCCCCUUUCCCCCCUCUAG